AUAUCAGGAUGUCAAAAGCAGCAGAAGAGGAAAAGCCUGGUGCAGACUAUCCAGAGGACAGCUCAGACCUGGACAGACACAGCCCUGAUGACCAGGUUCAGCUGAUGAAAACAAGCCCCUUCAGCCUCUCUCCCAGCCUGGCUAGCAGUAAGGGGAAGAGUGAAGAGAGCCUGGAGAUGACCCAAAGCCACCCUCCUCCUCCUCCUCCUCUUCCUCCGCCUCCUUCUGCCCAGCAGCAACAGGCCCAACACCACCACACACAGCUGAUGCUAGCCGGCAGUCAGCUAGCAGGGCUUGCUGCUCUCCUCCCUGCCCAGCAGCAGCUGCUCCUCCAGCAGGCCCAGGCUCAGCUCCUGGCAGCUGCCGUCCAACAGUCCAACGCCGCGCAUGCCGCCCAUGCAGCGCAAGCCGCCGCACAGCAGCAAGCCAACCAGCAGCAGCAGCAGCAGCAGCAGCAGCAGCAGCAGCAGCAGCAGAGCCAAUCACAUGCCGAACAGCAGCAACUGCCAUCCCAGCAAGAGCCCCAGGCACAAGCCUCGCCCCAGUCCCAGCCAGGUCCUCCUCCUCCUCCUCCUCCUCCUCCUCCUCAGCUGGCCCUGUCUCAGCCAAUCCAGCUCACCGCCCAGGACAUCCAGCAGCUGUUGCAGCUCCAGCAGCUGGUGCUGAUGCCGGGCCAUCCUCUGCAGACCCCCGCCCAGUUCCUCCUGUCCGCGCCGGCACAGGGACAGCAGCCGCAGCAAGGUUUGCUCUCAACAUCAAAUCUGAUACAGCUACCUCAGCAAAGCCCAGGGGGUCUCCUGACCACCCAACCCCGACUGGGACUCCAAGCACAGAGGGAGAAACCCGCUGAUGUGGCAGUAGGCGGCGACAGCAGCUCCAUCACUGCCCCUGGCAACAGCGGUGGAGUUGUGACCUCUGGAGGAGGAGGUGCUCCAGCUUCUAGCAGCACCAUGGCUUCCUCCUUGACCUCUGGUUUGACCCCCGGAGGUCAUGGAAGUCAUGUAGGGGAGGAGCCCAGUGAUUUAGAGGAGCUAGAGCAGUUUGCCCGCACCUUCAAACAACGACGCAUCAAACUGGGCUUCACACAGGGGGACGUUGGCAUGGCGAUGGGCAAGCUGUACGGCAACGACUUCAGCCAAACAACCAUCUCCCGCUUCGAGGCUCUCAACCUCAGCUUCAAGAACAUGUGCAAGCUCAAACCACUGCUGGAGAAGUGGCUGAGUGACGCAGAGACCAUGGCGGUGGACAGUAUGCUACCUAGCCCCUCUUCUCUGUCCUCUCCGAUGAUGGGCUUCGAGGGUUUGCCCGGACGACGCAGGAAGAAACGCACUAGCAUCGAGACCAACGUCCGCGUGGCCUUAGAGCGCAACUUCACCACGAACCAGAAGCCUACCUCGGAGGAGAUUCUGAUGAUGGCGGAGCAGCUCAACAUGGAGAAGGAGGUGAUCCGUGUCUGGUUCUGCAACCGCCGGCAGAAGGAGAAACGCAUCAACCCUUCCAGCAGCACCACCCCUCCCCUGCCCAGCCAGACCCCGCCGGUCGUGUCGCACAAAGCCCCCUGCUACAGCCCGCACAUGAUGGCCAAUCAGAGUCUGUCCCAGGUUACUACCAGCCACAGCACAACAGCCACCAGUCCGUCACCCUCAGCAUCGAGUCCUUUGACGCCGGUUUGCGCUGCUGCAUCAGGCCCCGCCUCCUCCUCUGUGACUCCGCCUCCCCAUAGCACAGCCAGCCCCGCCCCUCCAAGCCUGGGGGCCCACACUCUCAACACUGGGAACACAAUGAUGGGAGUAAGCACAGGGAUGAACCAGGCCCUUAUUGGCAGCAGUCCCCUGGCAACCAUGCAAGCCUACGCAGCUGACCGGAAGCUUUUAGCAGAGCGCAGCGUGGCACAGCUCAUCUUCAUCUUACUCUGGAAUAACCUGAAGACGGUGCCAGUACGUCUGCCGACCGCGCGCCGUAGUGCCAAACGCAAGAAGCCCCACAAGAAGCUUCUGCCAGCUGCCACGGACGUGGCUGGAGAGGUGCUGGAUCAGCCUCAGCCCACAAGUUAA